CUCGUUCGCACCCACGGACAGCAAGUCGAGUCGGAUCACAAUUCACAAAGCCGUGUCCGCGACUGCCCCGCCCGCCGUACCUUCGUCCUCUAUAAAGUAAUAGUGGGACCAUCAAAUCCAGCCCCCGGUCGUCAGAUCCCCUUUUCCUCCAUCUGCAGAGCACCGACAUGGCCGCCGCCGCCAUGUCCAAUCAACCGGCCGAGGGGAUGCAGAGGGUGCGCCGGAAGAAAGACUUCACGCACAUGGAGCGCGUCGACGGACGCAUGACCAACAUCCUCCAGGGCCUCGAGCUGCACACCGGCGUCUUCUCCCCUGCCGACCAGCAGCGAAUCGUCGACUGCGUCCACGACCUGCAGGACAAAGGCCGCCGCGGCCUGCUCAGAGAGCGCACGUACUCUGAGCCCCGGAAGUGGAUGCGCGGCAAGGGCCGGGCGACGAUCCAGUUCGGCUGCUGCUACAACUACGCGACGGACCGCAACGGCAACCCCCCGGGGAUCAUCCGCGACGAGGAGGUGGACCCUCUGCCGCCGCUGCUCACGGCGAUGAUCCGGCGGCUGGUGGAGUGGCGCGUGCUGCCACCGUCGUUGGUUCCCGACAGCUGCAUCGUCAACAUCUACGACGUGGACGACUGCAUCCCGCCCCACAUAGACCACCACGACUUCCUCCGGCCCUUCUGCACCGUCUCCUUCCUCGCCGAGUGCAGCAUCCUCUUCGGCAGGGACCUCAGGGUCCUGGGGCCCGGCGAGUUCGCCGGCUCGGCGUCCAUCUCUCUCCCCGUGGGGUCUGUCCUCGUGCUCAAGGGCAACGGCGCGGACGUCGCCAAGCACUGCGUGCCGGCCGUUCCAGCCAAAAGGAUCUCGAUCACCUUCCGGAAGAUGGACGCUAGCAAGCUGCCGUUCAAGUUCAGGCCCGACCCGGAGCUGAAGAACCUCGCGCCCCUGCCGUAUCCUGCUCCUGUCCGGCCGCCGGCGAGCAACGACAGCCCGGUGAGCAGUACACCUCGACCCCAGCAGCAGCAAGCGGUUUCCGUGGUGAGACAGGGGCCGACGACAGCGCAAGGCCCUGGUGCUUUUCAGUACCAGGCUGCGGUCAGAGCUGGACAGGUGAGCGCAAGCGGCGGCGCGUUCAGCCUCUCAUCCGAUGACUUCCCGGCGCUUGGUGCUUCGCCGGCAACGGCUACGGCUAGUAGGGGAAACAGAGGAAGGCGAUAGACAUUAGACAUUGUUAUUCUUUGUGUUUUUCAGAAGAAGGCGACGACGAGGAGACAUUGCUGCUCUUUGUUGACCUGAGCUGUGCUCUUGCCGAAACAAUUAUAGUACUUGCCAUUCCAUAUUUGAGGUACCGUUUGGUUUCA